AUGUAUGGCAAAUGUGGCUACGUUGACGACGCUUGCAGCGCAUUCCAGGCCAUCCAUGUCAAGAACAUCUACUCCUGGAGCUUUCUCCUCAUUGCUCACUCCUCCAGCACCACCCAAGCUAAAGAGAUUCUUGAUAUCAUGCCACAGUGGAAUCCUGUCUCUUGGAACGUUGUUCUUGGAGAAACUGCCCAUUACGGGCAUCCGCACCCAACAAAGAUCUUGUUUGAUUUGUCUCCGGAACGAGACGUGGUAUCUUGGAAGGCGCUGGCAUUUGCGUUUUCAAACUUCGGUCGCCUUUGUGAAAGCUUGUCUCUCUUUGAGAAGAUGCCAAUGACCAGCUUGGUGUCCUGGAACUCUAUCGUUUCGGCGUAUACCCGGGAUGGGCAGAUUGUCUCUGCUCGUGAAGCCUUUGACAGAAUGCCCGAGCACCAUGUCGUGUCCUGGAACUCAGCCUAUGCUCAAGAAGGACGAAGCCGUGCUCGACGCCGAGAGGAGCUGGUCGAGAGGAACCACAUAAGCUGGAAUAGCCUCCUCCAUGCAUACGUGGUCGCAAAGAAGCUGGACAUUCCUUGCCGAGUGUUCUUCAGAAUCCCUCAGUGGUGCAUAAACUCCUGGACGUCGAUGCUGGUUGGAUUCUAUCAGGCUGGUGAUCUUGAGAUGGCCAGCAUCUGGUUCGAGCGGAUGCUGGAUCGAAACGUUGUCUCUUGGAACGUGAUGAUCUGUGCCAAUGCUCGCAGCGGCGAUGCUCACCAAGCUCUCCGGUUGCUCAAGCUGAUUCUCCUGAUGCCGCCACCUGUCCUGUCACUGAAUCCCUGUGCUGCCAUCCCUGAUCUUGCGCAGGGCAAGUUGAUCCACUCCACGAUUCCAGGAAAGAUUUUCUUGUCGGACAUCAGAACUCCAAAUGCUUUCAUCAGCAUGUAUGGCAAUUUGGUCGUGUGGAUCAAGCAAUGGAGGUUUUUGCAAGGAUGA